CUCCCUCCCAAUCUCCAUAUUCAUUCAUAAACUCCUUCCCUUGGAAUUUCUUCUUCCACAUCGUCUCAUCAUCUCAUUCUCAAUCUUUCGUGCCUUUUGAUCAACCCCAGAAUUCUGGCUGCUUCAGACAAGAGAAUCUUUCACAAGAUUUGACUUAUUUUGGCGAGGCUGUGAAUAUCUGUUGAAGCUUGCUCAUCGACAGGACGUGCUAUUUCGUAUCUUUUUUUUUUUAAUCACUUUUCCCUGAUUGUUUCGGAGUAAUUCUUUAAGGUAUUAUCAAGGUUGGGUCAAAGUGGAAAUGGCCACUGAGUUUUUAAGAUAUGUGGUUGUUGAGAUGUUAAACGGUAUGAUUGGUUUGCUAAGAGUCACUUGCUGUGUCGUUUGUUAAUAGUAUGGUCCCCUCCAUUAAGUUUGGCAGAUAAGUUUGUGGGACCUUUUUGUACAUUCUCAAGAUCGAAAAGACAUGAAAAAAGCUUUCCCUUUUUGAUUCAAUUAGAGUCACCUGAGUGCAUUUCAUCGAAUUGGAGGAAGGAAAAAGGGAGGGACAUUGUUGAGUAAAAAUGCCUCAAGAAAGAGUUGAGUUUCCACCUUCCUUUGACUCGAUUAAAUCGAUGCCUGCCAAUUUAAGGUUUGUGGGUGAAGAUAGAAUGAUAUUAUCGGACAUGGUGUUCGAAGAUGUACAAGUUUCUAGUGAUUCUGCACAAUGGCCAGCUGAUGGUAGGAGUGAUGUUGGUCCAGAUAAUGAUGAGUCGCCCUAUUCUUUACUGGAUAUGUCUGCCACCGAUGAAACAUCAUCAUAUGAUGAUCCUAAGGAUAGCACUCUCCCUGUAAACUCAUCUGAACAAUCUCAAGAGGAUUCCAAGUGGAGUGACACCACGUCAUUCGCAUCAAAUAAGCUAAAAAAGCUUCAGUCAUGGUUUCAACAUCCUGAUGGUAACUGGGAGCUGGGAACCAUUCUUCAAGCUUCCGCUAACAAGUCAUUGAUAUCAUUGGCUGAGGGAAAAGUUUUGGAAGUGAAUUCAGAAACCCUGGUGCCAACGAAUCCUGAUAUACUUGAUGGUGUGGAUGAUCUUAUGCAACUAAGCUACUUAAAUGAACCAUCAGUAUUAUCUAACCUUGAGUAUAGAUAUAAUCAGGAUAUGAUCUAUACUAAAGCAGGACCAGUUCUGGUUGCACUUAAUCCCUUUAAAAAAGUCCCUUUAUAUGGAGUUGAGUUUAUUGAAGGUUACAAGCGUAAAUCUAUGGGGAGCCCACAUGUCUAUGCCAUCACUGAUACAGCUAUGCGUGAGAUGAUCCGAGAUGAAGUGAAUCAAUCAAUCAUUAUAAGUGGGGAAAGUGGAGCUGGAAAAACUGAGACAGCAAAGAUAGCCAUGCAAUAUUUAGCUGCUCUGGGAGGUGGUAGUGGGAUAGAGUACGAGAUACUUAAAACAAAUCCAAUUUUGGAAGCCUUUGGUAAUGCCAAAACAUUAAGAAAUGACAACUCAAGUCGAUUCGGAAAGCUGAUUGAAAUUCACUUCAGUGAAACUGGAAAGAUAUCUGGUGCCAAGAUUCAAACUUGUAAGACUGCAAACGCUACUACUAUCUUUUCAUCAGAAUGUUGCCUUCUAUUGUUGAGUUCAGAAGGCCUAUCUAAUUCAUUUACUUGGUGUUUUGUGAUGGAACAAUUCAUGGUUCUCUAUAGUUUUACUGGAGAAGAGGGAGAAAGAUCGUAUCAUAUCUUUUAUCAGCUUUGUUGUGGAGCUCCUCCCUAUCUUAGAGAGAAACUGAACUUGAGAAAUGUUGACGAUUUCAAAUAUUUGAAGCAAAGCAAUUGCUAUAGAAUUUCUGGGGUUGAUGACGCCGAACAGUUCCGUAUAGCAGUGGAAGCUCUGGAUGUUGUUCAUGUCAAAAAGGAAGACCAAGAUAGUGUAUUUGCAAUGCUAGCUGCAGUACUAUGGCUGGGAAAUGUCACGUUUACUGUAGUUGAUAAUGAAAAUCAUGUUGAACCAGUGGUGGAUGAAGGUCUAACUAACGUUGCUACAUUGAUUGGGUGCAACAUUGAGGAACUAAAGCUGGCAUUAUCAACUCGAAAAAUGAGAGUUGGAAAAGAAAAUGAUACAAUCGUUCAAAAGUUGACCCUUGCUCAGGCCAUUGACACAAGAGAUGCUUUGGCAAAAUCAAUUUAUUCUUGCUUGUUUGACUGGCUAGUGGAACAAAUUAAUAAAUCACUAGCGGUAGGCAAAAGGCGCACGGGAAGGUCCAUCAGUAUUCUUGAUAUAUACGGUUUUGAAUCCUUUGAGAGGAAUAGCUUUGAGCAGUUCUGCAUUAAUUAUGCCAAUGAACGAUUACAACAGCACUUCAACCGUCACUUGUUCAAAUUGGAGCAAGAGGAAUACAUCCAAGAUGGCAUUGACUGGGCAAGAGUUGAUUUUGAAGACAACCAAGAUUGUCUCGAACUUUUUGAGAAGAAGCCGUUAGGGUUACAAUCCUUGCUAGAUGAGGAAUCAACCUUUCCAAAUGGCACUGACUUGAGCUUAGCUGAUAAGCUUAGGCAACAUCUAAAAUCUAAUCCUUGUUUCCAAGGAGAACGAGGGGAAGCUUUUACUGUACGCCAUUAUGCAGGAGAGGUUACAUAUGAUACGACCGGUUUUCUUGAGAAGAACCGGGAUUUGCUUCAUUUGGAUUCCAUCGAACUUCUUUCUUCUUGCACAUGCCACCUUCCUCAGGCUUUUGCAUCCAGUAUGCUCUCUCAUUCUGAGAAGCCUGUGGUGGGUGCUCAGCAUAAAUCCUGUGGAGCAGAUUCACAAAAAUUUAGUGUUACAACAAAAUUUAAGGGCCAACUUUUCCAGCUUAUGCAACGUCUUGAGAACACAACAUCACAUUUCAUACGUUGUAUAAAGCCCAACAACUCCCAGUCUCCUGGUUACUACAAUCAAGGGCUUGUGCUGCAACAGCUGCGAUGUUGUGGAGUCUUAGAAGUAGUUAGAAUUUCAAGAUCGGGUUUUCCUACCAGAAUGUCCCACCAAAAGUUUGCUAGAAGGUACGACUUCCUUCUUCUAGAGCAUGUUGCUUCACAGGAUCCACUCACUGUUUCAAUGCACAUUCUCCACCAGUUUGGCAUUCUACCCGAGAUGUAUCAAGUGGGAUACACAAAAUUGUUUUUCCGGACUGGACAGGAGCAGGAUUUAUUCGUGGCAAAGGAGGAUGGGAUACAAGAUACAGGCUACUUCUCAACUACUAAGCUUUGCCAGCCAAUUGGGUCACUAGAAGAUACUAGAAAUCGUACUCUCCAUGGUAUCUUACGCGUGCAAAGUUGCUUUAGAGGCCACCUAGCUCGCUGUCAAACAAAGGAAUCAAGGAGAGGGAUUGCGACCAUUCAAGCAUUUAUUCGUGGUGAAAAGACUAGAAAAGAGUACGCAGACUUAAUGAAGAAGCAUAGAGCAGCUAUAGCUAUCCAAAAGUGUGUGAAAGCAAGGUCUUGUAGAGAAAAGUGGAAAAGAAUAAAUGAGGCGUCAACAGUAGUACAAUCAGUUAUUCGUGGCUGGUUGAUACGAAGAUGCUCGGGAGAUGUAGCAUUGCUGCAAUUUGGAGGUGGAAAGGGUACUGAGGUGUUGGUGAAAUCAUCUUUCCUUGUGGAGCUCCAACUGAGGAUUCUAAGGGCUGAAUCUGCCGUGAGAGAGAAAAACGGAGAGAAUGAUGCACUUGGGCAGCGGCUGCAACAGUACGAAAACCGUUGGUCAGAAUACGAAUCGAGAAUGAAGUCUAUGGAGGAGAUGUGGCAAAUGCAGAUGAGGUCUCUUCAGUCGAGACUUUGCAUUGGGAGCCAUAGCCAUAGCCAUAGCCAUCUCAACUUGUGUGAUGAUGAGGAGGAAGGUGAUGAGGAGUUUGGCGGCAGCAGCAGCAGCACAGGGCUUAGUGUGAUUGGCCGUCUGGCUCAGGAGUUUGAGCAGAGGAGUCAGAUAUUUGGGGACGAUGCCAAGUUUUUGGUUCAAGUGAAAUCGGGUCAGGCUGAAGGGAGUUUGGACCCGGACCGUGAGCUUCGCAGAUUGAAAAACAUGUUUGAAGCUUGGAAGAAAGAUUAUGGUGCGAGGCUCAGGGAGACUAAGGUUAUUCUAAACAAGCUUAGUGCUAAUACCGAUGAACAAGGAUCAUCCGCAGCUGAUAAGUUCCGCAAGAAGUGGUUUGCUAGGAGGAACAGCACAAGAUUUAACUAAAACUAUAUAUAUAAAUUAUAAUCUCAAUUCUUACAUUCUUAUUAUAUUUUUUCUUUUUUUUUUUUCUUCAGCAAACAAUUAAUUACUUGAAAGUAUUUUAUUGUAUAUUUACAAAUCUUUUUGUCCAAAUUUGUAUACAUACAAGUUAAAAAGGGUGGACUCUGUGAGUUAAAAAGGGUGGACUUUGUGUGUGUUCUAUCGUAAUGGUUGAGAAGUCUUAUACCGGUAUGUGACUGAAUACGGGUUUUGGGGACUUGUACCUUGUAUUUUGAACUUGUACUGGCGUUAGCGUUAUUUUUUCAACAGUAUAUACUGAUUUAUUCCCUG